GCUCGCCAAGUCGUCGUGUUCUCUCCCCCCCUUCUAAGCGGUGUCAGCACGAGUUGUCAGUCGACUCGAAUAAUACCAGUUCGUGAAUGAAAGGUAACAACAGUGGAUGUUAAUAAGUAUGACGACCUAAUACGAGUGCUAAAUGUUGUUACAAGUGCCGCAAAAUUUGGAAUUUUGAGUAUUUCAUUGGAGUUCGUCUGCUCGUAGAAAUUGGGAUAUGGCAUUUAAUGGCAGCUUUAAAUCUAGCUCCUAUGAUCUUGACAAGGAAAGAGACAGUUUCGCAGUGCCUCGGAUAUCCAUUUCCCAAUUAAAUGUUGAAAAAAGUGUCAUCAAAGAAAAUGAUGGCAAAAAUGAUGCACCAGAAAGAGGACAAUGGUCAAAAGGCAUUCAAAGCCUUCUACUCUGCCUUUCUAUGUCAGUUGGCCUCGGAAACAUCUGGCGGUUUCCAAACAUCGCUUACAACAAUGGCGGAGGUGCAUUUCUGAUACCUUAUUUACUGCUCCUGUUUAUCAUUGGCAGACCACUAUACUACUUAGAGCUUAUAUUGGGUCAGUUUUGCAGUCAAGGUCCUAUCAAAAUGUGGAGGAUUGUUCCUGCAUUUAAAGGAGUCGGUUACGCCCAAGUCAUUUCAGUGUCAUUCAUUCUUGUUUUCUACAACUAUUUGAUGGCCCUCAGCGUUUUUUACAUUUUUUCCUCAAUGCAAUCAUGCCUGCCAUGGACAGAUUGUGCUUAUGCUAACCACACAGUUUCUCAGAAUGGUUCUGCCGAAGACUUAUUAGCGCCCUCAGAACAAUUUUGGAUGCAAGAAAUUUUGUUGAAAUCCAGUGGCAACGACGACCAGUUGGCUGUAAGCUGGAAAUUAUUCUUAUGCUUGUUAGCGACGUGGAUAAUUGUGUACAUAACAGUUAUCCAAGGAACCAACUCACUGGGGAAGAUGUCGUACUUUACUGCAUUCUUUCCCUUUUUUGGCCUUAUCGCCCUCCUCAUCAUCGCAUGUCUGGAAGAAGGAUCUUGGGAAGGCAUUAAAUUUUUCUUCAAGCCUGACCUGGAGAAACUUAAAGAUAUAAACGUUUGGUAUAAAGCCACGGAACAAUCGUUUUUCUCUUUGACUGUUGCAUAUGGGAACAUUGUAAUGAUAGCUAGUUACAAUAAGUUCCAUAACAACGUUUACAGGGAUGCAAUGAUUAUCAGCGUUUUGGACACAUUUGUCAACAUAUUAGCUGGAUGCGUGAGCUUCGCCGUUCUGGGAUCGUUGUCUCAUAAAUACGCCAAGGACAUCAGGGAAGUGGUUAACCAUGAAGGUUUGGGGUUAGCUUUCAUUGUCUAUCCUGAAGCUCUGGCAGCCAUCAAAUAUGUUCCCCAGCUGUGGUCUGUAAUAUUUUUCUUUAUGCUGUUUGUCUUGGGUGUUGGUAGCUCUAUGUCUAUGAUUGAAACUAUUUUAACUAUAAUAAAGGACAAGUUUCCAGUGCUCCGGAAGAAAGAGUGGCUACUUGCUAUGGGAAUCUGUUCUAUGUUUUUUGCCCUUGGAGUACCAUUAACUACCAAUGUUGGACAACUCAUACUGGUUAUUCUCAACAAUUAUGGAGCAGGUAUAGCUGUGUUUUUCUAUGCUGUGCUUGAACUCGUAGGAGUAAUGUGGAUAUAUGGACUUAAAAACUUCUGCCAGGAUGUGGAAUUUAUGUUGAACAAACCUCCAGGAAUUUUCUGGAAAGUAACGUGGGCCUUUACCGCUCCCGUAGCUCUUACAAUAAUUUUCAUAAUCGGCAUAAUUGAUGCUGAAUCGACUGUCGAUCCGACGCUACCCGACUGGGCAUCAGCUAUGGGUUGGUUUCUUGCCGCCUUAGCUCUGGUGCAAAUUCCUUUGUGGUUCAUCGUUGCCGUUUAUAGAGAUCCGCAUAUUGGUGUCAUAAAGAAAGUUUUGAGUGCCUUAAAGCCCGCUGAAAAUUGGGGACCGAGUGAUCCAGUGCACAAUGCUGAUUGGAGGGCAAUGAAAAUGGCUGCACGCAAAGACAAAAUUCCGGUGAAUUUUGCAUCAACUGUAUCUGCUGCAUAUCAAAACCAGUCGUACAAGGAAGAUGUAUUUUGAAAUCAUCUGAAUGCAGAUUUUAGAUAUAUUGAAGUUUACAAUCUUACUAUGUUUUAUACUAUUAAAGACUUA